AUGCCUGCACCUGUUCCUGCUUCUCCUCUCUUUCCGAAUUCUGAAUUGGAUCCGAAGAAGGAUCAAAUCACGAACACAUUGGAGAAAUUGGAUUCUGUUGUUGUUACGACUCUGAAUGGAUAUUCUCAAACAGUUUCUGGUUCUGUGAACAAAAAUUCAUGGAAUUAUUACAAAAUUUCAAUUCCGAGCAGAACUGCCAUGACUCUUUCCUAUACAAGCUAUGACAGUAUUACCGUUUACGUCAAAGAAGGAUCUAUUCCAAGCAGUUACGAUUAUGAUUAUAUACUCUUGAGUCAAUACUCUGUAAAAACCAUUGUUUCAACGAGUUUAAAUCAAACAACCACGUAUUACAUUGGUGUUGCAGGUGGCUACUCCUACUAUACGUAUUCCUCUUACACGUUAUCCCUUACUUUGGAUCAAGGAGCAUUGGCCAAUUGGGUCAUUGGUGUGAUCAUUGGAUCUGCAAUUUUCAGCUUGUGUGUUGUGUUUAUCAUCAUUUUGGUUCCAAUUUUAAUAUGUUGUGGAGUUUGUGCAGCUGUGACUGGUAGCAAUUCAUCAUCACAACCAAAGAAUCACAACACAACAGUCACCACGUAUCAUGUCAAGACUCCAAUUUUAACUCGUGUCUCUACUCCACCACCACCACAAUAUCAUACCACCACUCAGGUCGUGACGCCACCACUACCACCACAAAAUGAUGCUAUUUAUUAUAAUGCCAACCUUAACAAUAAUUAUUACAAUCAUACUCAAACUUCACAAAAUUUACAACAACAACCUCCUUACCAAACUACUACUACUACUACUGAACAUGAUGUGAUUUAUAAUCCUAACAUGCCUUCACAAGCUGUGAAUUAUCAUAAAAUUUAA